UAAUUUAUUCAACUUUAGCUGAAUGGAUUCAAACAUGAAGCACAAUGAAACUGAUAUCUCAUGUUGGGUGGGUCAGUUUUGACUGUAUUGAUAAAUUUAGGAAAACAAAGAAUUGACGAGGGUCCCAAUCCUCCUGUUAUCUAUAUUCCACUAGGAUAAGCCUUGAUUUGUCCAUCUCUUUUCUGUAUCUUUCCUCAUGUUUUCUUCUCUAUCAUCAAACUAAGUCUGCACUUUACUUCUUCCUCUCAUGUGCUCUUAUUUUCUUCUCUUUGUAUGCCAACCUCCCAACCUAUACCCCUCUCCCUCUCUCUCUCUCUCUCUCUCUCUCUCUCUCUCACACAUCUCUCUCCCUCUCUCCCUCUCUCUCUCUCUCCCAUCUGUCUCUCCCUCUCUCUCUCUCUAUCUCUCCCUCUCCCUCUCUCUUUAUAAAUCAACAACACAUCUCUCCCACAACAGCAUGAUAUGAAAUAAUCAUGGAGGAAGAAACGGUGAUUCCACAUUUGUUUCGGUGUCCAAUAAGCCUAGACUUGUUCACGGAUCCGGUGAUCCUGUCAACAGGCCACACUUACGACAGGCCUAGUAUCGAAAAAUGGCUCGCCACGGGUAAUCUAACGUGCCCUGUCACAAUGCAGAAGCUUCACGAUCCUUCCAUGCUUCCUAAUCACACGCUACGCCAUUUGAUCGAUCAGUGGAUUCGGAAAGCUCCUCGAUUAAGCACUGAUCAUUACUUGACAACCCUAGGUUCCGAGUUCUCGUUAACCAGGAUCAGGAAUAAUCUGGAGUCUUCUCAAAUUAGCCUAGACGACAAGCUUAAGAUACUAGCAGAUAUCGAAGCUCUGUCCGGAGAAUUGCCGAGCAAAAACUAUUGUUUGAUCCGAUUAGGCCUUUUCUCGAUGCUUCUGGAUAUCGUUUUCGGAGAUCAUCAUCCUCAUUAUCAAGAUAAUUUGAAUUUCAUCGAACAAGUAUUAGUUUGUGUAGUCAAGUUAUUCCCGUAUAGUGAUUUAGGCUCAUUAAAUGUCCUUAACAAAGAGUCUAAGAUAGCGCGAUUCGUGCUCCUGUUCGAUCAAGAAAGCGUUGUCAUCAGGAAAUGUUUGUGCCUGCUUGUUGAGAAAAUCGCGUCAUCAUUGUACACAAGGCAGCUCUGCAUUGUCCUCGCACAACAACAAUCGAUUCUGCAGGGAAUUGUUCAGAUUCUCAACGACAAAUCAGAUGCCUCUGAGGCCGGAGUCAAAUCAGUAUCAGCCCUGUGUUGCUUAGAUUUAAACAGGGAGAGUUUGGUACGUGCAGGCGCGGUUCAUGGCCUAAUUGAUUACAUUCUACGCACUUAUAAGCACGAGACCUCAUUGGCACCGGUUGCAAUGAAAGCCCUAGAAGUUCUGUUAAGAUUAGAAAGCGCGAGAAAUGAAAUAGUCCAUCAUCCUAAUGGUAUCAGUGCUCUUGUGAAGAUGGUUUUUCGAGUUUCAGAUCAUGAAGGGAGCAAGAGUGCAAUUAAUUCAUUGAUGAUUCUGUGUCGUGAUUCGAUUCGGGCUCGAGAGGAAGUGAUCACUGCAGGAGUUUUGACACAGCUGUUGCUGCUUCUUCAGAGCCAGUGCAAUGAGAGAACCAAGACAAAGGCUAGAAUGCUGCUUAAGUUGCUGAGAACAAUGUGGAUUGAGGACUCAAAGCAUGAUUAUUGAAAAUGGAUUUGUGGAAUUAUUACUUAAUUAGUUGCUGUAAACAGAAGCCAGCUUCGACAGUUGUUAGACAAUGUGUUUAUAAAUAUAAAUAUUAUAAAUAUAUAUUUAAUUUUGUUGAUGUCUAUGUUUUGUCUGGUGAAGCUGCUGAUAUGUGAUCUGUAAGCUGUAUAAAUUAAAGAAGGUCAAUUCUGAUGACAGUAAAGUUCUUGCU